AUGCUCAGCUUUGCUGCAGCCAUCUGGCCCCACGUGGGAGACUGCAACUCCCGUGGUAGUCCUCAUAGCCCUGUGCAGCCGGGACGUGUCCAGCUCCUGAACGGCUUCUCUGCCUGGGAGGUGGCAGAGGCUCCCGGGCUGCCCAGUGCCAUGGGGUUCGGGGACACUGAACGGGCAGUGGAGAUUCUGACCAGAUACCAAAGCACCCUGCGGUCCCCGGAGGAGCAGGAGCUAAAAGCCUCCAUUGGAAAAGUCUCGCACAUCUUUCAAAGUGAACUCUUCCAGGCUCUGCUGGAUAUCCAUGAAUUCUAUGAUUUCACACUGCGCUCCGCACCCCUGCAGCCACCCAGCCCAGACGCGUGUCGCGGCAGAGCCAGGCAGCAGCAUGGUGCCAGCGAGCCGGGCACUGCGGUCACACCCGGAGAGCCCCAAAACCUCCCCGAGGAUCCGUCCCGGGAUGGCGAGCAGAUGCUUCCCGCGGGAGCUGGGGACAGAGCGUCGGGGACGCCACCACGGCUGGUGAGGGUGACGGCACGGAGGACAGAGGCACCGGCCAGCGUCUGCAGCCUGGUGCUCAGCUCUCACAGCGCCCUGCCCCAGCCUCCUCCUUUCCUGGCUUGUGUCGGUACGGGUCAGGAGCUGGUCCUCUGUGCCAGGCGCUGGUGCUUUCGGGGUCGCCAGUCCAUGGGGACGGCGGCCGCCGGCCCAGAGCCGGGGGUCAGUGCCCUGAGAAGGAGGGGGCGUGCCGUGCCACCCCUCCUGCCGCCGCCUGCCCCUGCCUCCCUCCGUCCUGCCUGCCCGCCAAGGGCCAACCCCGCUCCCAUUAUCGUGAACACAGACUCGCUGGAACAAGGGCUCUCUGUGAACGGCAGUGAUGGGAUGUUCAAAUACGAGGAGAUCGUCUUGGAAAGGGGUAACUCCGGCCUCGGCUUCAGCAUAGCGGGAGGAAUCGACAACCCCCACAUUCCAGAUGACCCAGGAAUCUUCAUCACCAAAAUCAUCCCCGGGGGAGCGGCAGCCAUGGACGGCCGUCUGGGGGUGAAUGACUGCGUGCUGCGGGUGAACGAUGUGGACGUCUCCGAGGUGGUGCACAGCAAAGCCGUGGAGGCUCUGAAGGAAGCCGGCCCCGUGGUGCGGCUCGUGGUGCGCCGCCGGCAGCCCCCGCCAGAGACCAUCAUGGAGGUCAACCUGAUGAAGGGCCCCAAAGGCCUGGGGUUCAGCAUCGCGGGGGGCAUUGGGAACCAGCACAUCCCUGGGGACAACAGCAUCUACAUCACCAAGAUCAUCGAGGGGGGCGCUGCCCAGAAGGAUGGGCGCCUGCAGAUCGGGGACCGACUGCUCGCGGUGAAUAACACGAACCUGCAGGACGUGCGGCACGAGGAGGCAGUGGCCGCCCUGAAGAACACCUCUGACAUGGUGUACCUGAAAGUGGCCAAGCCUGGCAACAUCCACCUCAACGACAUGUACGCGCCCCCCGACUACGCCAGCACCUUCUCAGCCUUGGCUGACAACCACAUAAGCCAUAACUCCAGUCUGGGCUACCUGGGCAGCGUUGAGAGCAAGCCUGCCUACCCCGUCCCUCCCCAGGUGACUCCGUCGCGGUACUCUCCCAUCCCUCGGCACAUGAUUGGGGACGAGGACUUCACAAGGGAGCCCCGGAAAAUCAUCCUGCACAAAGGCUCCACUGGCCUGGGCUUCAACAUUGUUGGCGGGGAAGAUGGCGAGGGCAUCUUCGUGUCCUUCAUCCUGGCCGGAGGCCCUGCCGACCUCAGCGGGGAGCUGCGACGGGGAGAUCGCAUCCUCUCGCUGAAGGUCGGGCUGGCACGACAGCAGGCGCCGGGGUGGUGGCUGCUCCUGUCCAGCCACCCGGCAGGGUGGUGGCAGUGGCUUCCGGAGGGUUCCCCAGCUCCUCCUGCGGGUCUCUGCCGCCGGGAUGUAGGAGGGAAAGAGUACAGCCGCUUUGAGUCAAAGAUCCACGACCUGAGAGAGCAGAUGAUGAACAGCAGCAUGAGCUCCGGUUCCGGCUCGCUCCGGACAAGUGAGAAGAGAUCUCUCUAUGUCCGAGCCCUCUUUGACUACGACCGGACCCGGGACAGUUGCUUGCCCAGCCAGGGGCUCAGUUUCUCGUACGGGGACAUCCUGCAUGUCAUCAACGCCUCCGACGAUGAGUGGUGGCAAGCCAGGCUUGUCACGCCCCAUGGCGAGAGUGAGCAGAUCGGGGUCAUCCCUAGCAAGAAAAGGGUGGAAAAGAAGGAGAGAGCACGGUUGAAAACGGUGAAGUUCCACGCCAGGACUGGCAUGAUUGAGUCCAACAGGUCGAUCAAAACGAAACGUAAAAAGAGUUUCCGCCUCUCUCGAAAGUUUCCAUUUUACAAGAGCAAAGAGAACCUGGCCCAGGAGAGCAGCGGACAGGAACAAGGACAAGAGGACACCAUCCUGUCGUACGAGCCGGUGACACGGCAAGAAAUUCACUAUGCGAGGCCGGUGAUCAUCCUGGGGCCGACAAAGGACCGAAUUAACGACGAUCUCAUUUCCGAAUUCCCGCACAAGUUUGGUUCCUGCGUGCCACACACGACCAGGCCUCGGCGUGAGAACGAGGUGGAUGGCCAAGACUACCAUUUCGUUGUAUCCCGUGAACAGAUGGAGAAAGACAUCCAGGACAACAAGUUCAUAGAGGCUGGGCAGUUCAACGACAAUCUGUAUGGGACCAGCAUUCAGUCAGUGCGGGCAGUGGCGGAGAGGGGGAAACACUGCAUCCUGGACGUGUCUGGCAAUGCCAUCAAGAGGUUGCAACAAGCACAACUUUAUCCCAUUGCCAUUUUCAUCAAACCAAAAUCCAUUGAAGCUCUCAUGGAGAUGAACCGGAGACAGACGUACGAACAGGCCAACAAGGUCUAUGACAAAGCCAUGAAACUCGAGCAGGAGUUCGGAGAGUAUUUUACAGCCAUUGUACAAGGAGACUCUCUUGAAGAGAUUUACAGCAAAAUCAAACAGAUCAUUGAGGACCAGUCCGGGCACUACAUCUGGGUCCCGUCCCCAGAGAAACUCUGAAGAUGUCCCCCACCUGCUUCCGUGUGAGCAGAAGAUCUCCGAAGCCCCACCCUACCCAAGCCCUCUGCCCCAAGGAGGGGGGAUAUGAAAACUAUUCCUGCCACCUUUUUUUAGAUCGUCGCAAAAUUGAGUUUUCUAGUCCUGUUUCUUUUGUUGGGAUGAACUCAUUCAUCACGUGACUGUUCCCACCGUUCCUGCAUGGACCUUCCCACUGCUCCAUUAGAGACAGAUGAGAACCCAUUCAAGGUCGUUUUUUAUUAUUAUUAUUAUUA